ACAUCUAAAGCUAAAUUAUCCUUCAUUAUUAUCCCCAAAUUCCCACUACUCCAAAGCAACAUCCAAAAUUCAGAGAACAGCAAGAAAGGAAGGUAACAACGGAAACUAUUCAGUGAAGAGGGCCCAAAUGGAAUCCUCAGAGAAGCUAUUUCCAAAGUCAAGAGAUGAUAAUCCAUAUAGAGAGAGCAGAAGGGCUGCAGGCUCUACAAAAGAGAAAGCUGAAACAGAGCUUUCUAUUGCUCAGAAAACUGUUCGGGAUCUUGCUCGGAAGAUCGAAGAAGCAAACUCAAGGGUCAAGGGAAUACAACAAAGAAAUGUGCAAUUGCGUGAACAAGAAGCGCAGGAAGUGUCCUUAAAGAACAAGAAAGAUUUUCAGUAUGCACAGGUUAUGAAAGAAAUUGAACACAUCAAACACGAAUUGAGUAAACUGAAGCUUGAUAUGACACGUGUUCUUAAAGAAAAAAGACACGCUGAGAACAAAUUCAAAGCUUCGAGUUCUAAAAAAUCUACACUCUCGAGUGCCGUGGAAAGAAUCAUGAAAGAGAUUGAAGAACUCAAUGAAGAGCAUGUUCUUGUUGAGUUAGCACGGAUGGAAGCUAAUAAGGAACGUGAUGCUAUUGAAGCUCAAAAAAAGGAAGAAGCUAAUAGUUACCAAACACAGUUGGAGGAAGUUAAAAAGAAAGUCAAAGAGAUUGACCAACAGAAUGAACUCACAAGAGAACUCGAGUUAACACUUUACAAUGUGAAUUUACUAGAAAAUGAGCUUGCUCGGGCAAAGGAAAUGAAAGGGACUCCUGAUCUAUUACAUAUGGUUAAAGAAGAACUACAAGUGGCAAAAACAAAACUUGCUGACAGUAAACAGGAAGGUUUCAAUUUCAUGGCCUCUAUGAAUGUCAUUAGAGACGAGCUCAAACACGUUAGGGAACAGACAGCUCGGUUGGAGAAAGAAGAAGAGAAACACGACUUGAUUGUUCAAACCCUAAACUCAAAGAUACUAAAAGGGAAAGCCAAAUUGGAAUCCAUUACAGCAACGACAGAAAAGGCUAGCUCAAUUGCAUCAAAUCUAGCACUCACGGUUGAACAAUUAAGAGCAGAAGCCGAGACAGUAAAGAAAGAGAAAGAGCUCAUUAGUGAAGAAAUUGAAAACAUAAAGUUGGAAAUUCCUAAGGCCGAAUCCGAUAUAGAAUUAUCAGAAGAAAGAUUGGAAGCUGCCAUGGAAGAGCUCAAAACCGUCAAGUUAUCAGAAUUCAAUGCCCUGGAGAAUCUGAAAAAUCUGAUUGAUUCAACAGUACGAGCUAGGGAGACGACUUCUCUAGAUAGGUCAACAAUAACUAUCACCAAUUUUGAAUACGAAUAUUUAACAGCAAAGGCUGGUGGGGCUGAAGAGAUUGCUGAUAAAAAAGUUGCGGCAGCUCAAGCUUGGGUGGAAGCCUUAAAGGCAAACGAAAAGGAGAUACUGAUGAAAGUUGAAAUGGUUCAGAAAGAAAUCAGAGAGCUUCGUGUCGAGGUAGAGAAAGAUGUCAGAGAUGCUUAUGGAACAAAUCAAGUUGGAAGGAGGAGGAGUGUUGACGGAGAGAUACAUAGAUGGUCACAAAAUAGCUCAAAAGUUGUGGCAUCACCUCGGAGAUCAAUAUACAAAAUUGGAAGCAUGACACCUGUGAGGCGAGGUAGAUCACAAAAGUUGCUAUCUCCCGCUACUAGGCAAGCAAUUAGAUCAGCUUCUUUCACUAAGAAAAGGGAAAAGGUGACACGAAAUCUAGCCAAGCUUUUGGACGAAAAUGAUGAAAUGGAUGAGUAAAUUGUUAGUAUACAAAAGCUCUUUUGAUGUUCAACUACAUUGUUUAUGUUGAGUGAAGAGUUAUUUUUUGUAUAGAUUAUAGUUAGUUGGUCUAUCCCUGAUUUUUCAAAACUCAAUUUCUAAUUGUAUAACCAGAUUACAAUUA